AUGCUUCCUAUCAAGACUGCGGCUGUAUGCCUUGCCUCUGUUGGCUCAUGCGCCCCCGCCGAAUGCUGUUCAAGGAAAUUCAACGCCCCGGCCCAUUACGACAAAGUCAUCCAUAACUACUUGAACGCGUGGAACGGCGACCUUUCGGUUGUCAACUCCACAUUUGCCCCAGCUCUUUCUCUGGAAGGCGAUAUCCUUCCAAAUGGCGCCGGGGGCUACAGUGCGGUUGGAGAGCUGGUGCACACUGCUUAUGACUUUGAGCAGUUCAUCAGGCGAGCCCGGAGCAACUUUGAGGUCUACACCUUCAUCCUGAAUAAGUGGGCAGGAAGCGAUCAUAAUGUUGUCGGACGCUGGACGCUCAAUGCUGUGAUCGCAGAUACAUUUGUCCUCUUCCCGACGACGCUCAAGCCAGGUGACAAGGUGUCAUACAACGGAACGGAUUUUCUCACAAUUGACCCCUGCACAGGACUGAUCACAGAGGUUGCAAUUGCGCAAGACUUGUUUAGCCUUGCUGUAAAUCUUGGAAACGAUGUCAUAGUACAGCCAAAAAAUUGA